AUGAGAGGUUUUCUUACAACCGCCGGAUGCCUUGCAUCGCUGGCUGCGCUUGUCAGCGAGACCAUCGCUCUUCCAGUCCAGGAUGCGCCAUUGAGAGUUGAGUGGCGAACCCUGUCAAGUGCCGCAAAGGCAGACUAUAUCAGCGCAGUAAAAUGCUUGGAUGGGUUGCCGUCAAAGAUUGGUCUCGAGACAUCGCUUUACAACGACUUUCCCUAUGUCCACGCGCUGCUCAACAACGAAAUUCACUUUGUGGCUCAGUUCCUCCCCUGGCAUCGGUACUUCGUGUACGUCUACGAGAAGGCCUUGAGGGAUGAAUGCAAGUACACAGGUCCAAUGACCUACUGGGACUGGACACUUGACUCAGACGACAUGUCCAAGAGCCCCGUCUUCUCCAACGACACAACCUCCGGGUUGGGGGGAAACGGCCUAAACGGCGGGUGGGUGGCACCGACGAGACCAAACCCGCUGACCAUGUGCGUGCUUGACGGGGCUUUUGCCAACUUCACCGUGUCGUACUACACAACGAAUGCGCUCUCGCAUUGUCUGAACCGCGGAUUCAACGACGGCGUCGGGGUCAACGCCGGUCGUUACCAAGGCGGCUUGUACUCGCCCGCAAAAGUAUCGGGCAUCGUCGAGAACUCCGGCAACUUUUCCACAUUCGCGACUGCCCUGGAGAAUGGGCCUCACGGUGCGAUUCAUUCAGCUGUGGGCGGAGACUUGUUUCCCUCGACAUCUCCAAACGCCACUCUCAUCAGUGAUUUUGGGAAUUACCCUCCAAGGAACCGGAACAUCAAGAUGAUUUGCUCCCCUUGUCAUCUCGUCCUCGGGGCACAGAAAGACUACGCUUUGGUUAGCAGCAAGAUAAACGGGGAAAACCCAUUGGAGCCACAUCACCGCGAUUGCGGGAGUCUCACGGCCUCCGUGGACGCCGGUUGUUACAUAUGCAAUCGACUCUGGGCUACCCUGGACACGGAUGAGCGACAAAAAGUGAGACAGUCGAGUAUCGAGCCAGCGGGACAAGAGUCUGCAGACUUCGUCAACUCAACCCUCACCUCGGUGUUUCUGGACGACGGCGCAGCAUUUGCUUAUCCCAGCGCACUUCUACUACAGAUAGCUUUUGACCGAAGCAAGGUCGUUCAAUUGGAAAGAAACCCCAGCAAAGGAUUCAUGCGGGCUUCUAUCCUGCUUCUUCCACAAGAUUCCUACGCACCCCAAUACAAAAUCGCAUCGCACUCCCACACUACAAGGUCCGACAGCACUUUCCAUGUUGCGCAGAAAUGGAUUGCAGAAUGCCUGGCCGAACACUCGCACUGCGGUGCCAAAGCAUCUACAAUUACGCAGUGGUGUCCCAGUCGCCUUCUCGAUACUGGACCACUGGAUCAGGAGAGCUUCAGCUGUCGACUGGUGCUCCCGAACAUCACACCUAUUCAAGGUCCAUACACGACACUUAGCCAUUGCUGGGGUAUAACCGAGUCUUUCAAUCUGACAUUGAACAACUACGCCCAACUACUACAGGACAUACCUCUCGAUACCCUUCCGCAGUUAUUUCGUGAUGCCGUUGAAAUUACCCGCCGUCUCAAUAUCCGGUACCUGUGGAUCGACUCGCUUUGCAUCAUACAACAGGGCGACGACCUCGCUGACUGGAGACAUGAGUCAACGCACAUGGACAAGAUAUACUCGCGUUCCUUUUGCAAUAUUGCAGCGGCCGAUGCACCAGACGCGCAUUAUUCUAUGUUCUGCAGCCGUAAUCCGGAUGCUCAGUGUGCACAAACUCUAUACCUCCCCGUCGGUUCUCAGAGUACGCGAUUCUUAGUGUUGGACUACAAUCUUUGGAGAACAGAGGUCUCCAACGCAGUGAUCAACACAAGAGCCUGGGUUCUCCAGGAGAGACUACUUUCUCCGAGGGUGCUGUACUUUGGCCAACGACAGAUCCUGUGGGAAUGCCAACAAAAGGAGGCCGCCGAGAUUUAUCCAGAAGCAAUGCUCAUCGACCUAUCCCGGUUUCCGAGCCGAUUCAAGGGCUUUAGCUACAAUCAGAUCGGGUGGAAGCCCCAGGGCCAUGGCGAUCUCUCAAAAUACCAAUACUGGUGCAACAUUGUGAACGCCUACACAAGGGCUAAGCUGACGUUUCCCGGGGAUAAGCUGAUUGCCCUUUCGGCUGUUGCAAAGACGGCGAGAGACUUACUCGGAGAUGAUUAUGUCGCGGGGAUGUGGCGACGCUAUCUGGAGCGAGAACUCAUGUGGUCCGUCGCCGUUGGACAGACGCAAGCCAGGCCAUCGGUCUACCGGGCCCCUAGCUGGUCGUGGGCGGCAGUAGAUGGACAUGUGACUCCGGGUAUCAUGGACAUUGAAGCGGUGGAGAUGCUGAUUGAGGUGCAGAAUCUGCAUCUUGACUACGUGACGAGCGAUACAACGGGCCUGGUCAGCGGCGGAUGGCUGCAGCUCUGGGGUGUACUCAAGAAGCUCGAGCUUCUUCCCGACAUCUCGCUCAGCAGUCAUGACAACAACCACGACUUUUUGAAAAUGGUUGUCAACGGUGUUCCCGUCAGUGUCCGCGCAGAUUCUGUCAUGAAGGAAUAUCAGCCGCAUGUGGCGCUUGAUACCAGCCAGGAGUGGACCGGUAUGCAAAACCUUCAACCAGACUUGUUCUGCAUGCCGGCGAGGAAAAGACCAGACGAUCAUGGAAGUAUCUACGUGCUAUUGCUGGAGCUCCAAGACAGGAAAGAAGGUGUCUUCCGUCGAGUUGGAAUUGCCCGUGGUUGGGGCAAGGAUGUGAGGGCGAACUUCCUCGCGCGCAAUGGAGAAGAGGAAACCUUGCCAUGCGUCACGUACAAACAUGGUCGACACUUGGUGCGGAUCAUUUAG